CUAGCGCGCCGCUCACCAUCACAGCUGACCCUGCUGACGUCACCGACCUGUUGUCACAUUGUAUUGUUGUAUGUCAGCAUGACGAUAAAAAUGAAUUAUCGCAGCUCCAGUAUAUCUGCAUUGUUAAUCUUUAGCUGUGCAGGUUUUAUCUGCCAAGCUUCACCCGCGAGGACAAUUCGUUCUCCUUCAGAACUCUCAACUUCAGGUCCGAAUCUCGCACUAGAAGAGAAACUGUCAACUUCAGGUCCAAAUCUCGCACUAGAAAACAAACUGUCAACUUCAGCCCCAACGAUUCCUGUUGAAAACAAAAUAUCCACCUUAUCUUACCCAGCUUCCAAGGAAGUACCGUUAUACGCUACAGAAAGUGAGAAUUCCAAUGAAAUUUUGACUGUGGCCGAUGAAGUACAUGAGGAACUGACUACGGACCCAGAGCCUUUGAACUCUAUACACACAAACUCUGAUGAUGGUUCAUCUUCCAACGACCAGACUCUGGGGAUGGUAGAAUCUCGUCCGAUCCACCCUUGUAGGCGACCGUGUGUCGAGGGGAAACCUCCGAUGACUUGCAGGUACCAGUUCAACGUAGAGUGGUACUAUGCGAUGAGCAAGGCUUGCCACAACUGCAGCAGAAACUCCUCCGACUGCUACAGACCUGAAUGUAUUGCUGCGGAUGGAGUGAAGCGGCCUCUGAUCACAGUCAACAGACUUCUGCCAGGGCCAAGCGUGGAGGUAUGCCUGGGUGAUCACAUCAUAGUGGACGUAGCCAAUCACCUGAUGGAUGAGACUACCAGUGUUCAUUGGCACGGACAUCACCAGAGAGGGUCUCCCUACAUGGACGGAGUGCCUUUCAUCAGCCAGUGUCCAAUCUCACCUAACUCUGUGUUCCGCUACGACUACCGAGCAGACAACCCUGGCACACACUUCUGGCACUCUCACACUGGAGUACAAAGAGGCGAUGGUGCAUUCGGAAGUUUGAUCAUCCGCACUGCGGCCUCCAAGGACCCUCACACAGCUUUGUAUGAUGCUGACCUGUCCGAACACGUCAUCGUUGUGUUGGACUGGUCACACCAGCUGGGCAUGGCAAUGUUCACCGCACACUACCACAGCGACGGAGACAACAAACCAGAGUCAAUGAUAGUCAAUGGACGAGGCAGAUACUUCAACGACACAGAGGCGCUAACUGAUACGCCACUGGCGUUAUUCACGGUCAAAAAGGGGCUGAGGUACAGGUUUAGAUUGAUCAACGCAGGAGUACAGAACUGUCCCAUAGAUCUGGCUAUUGACGGACAUUCGCUAACUGUCAUCAGCAGUGACGGUUCAGAUGUGAAGCCAAAGACAGUGGAUUCACUUGUGUCGUACGCCGGGGAGAGGUGGGACUUUGUGUUGGAUGCUGAUGCAGAGGUUGGCAACUACUGGAUGCGCUUCACUGGACUGAUGGACUGCGACGAGAGAUUCACCAAGGCUCAUCAAUUGGCAAUCCUGCGGUAUGAAGGAGCCCCUGCAGAGGAGCCUCAAGGACCUGUCGGCUACAACGUACAUCCAAAGAGGGAACUGCAACUGAACGCACUGAAUGUAGCCUUGAAGGAGGAAGGGACGCUUAGCGUACCUCACCUCGAGGCCAUGGAUGAAUCCUACGAUGUAGCGUUGAAGCCAGAGGCAGACCAACAAGUCUACAUAGCCUACGACUUCUAUGCGAAGGACAAUCCUCACUACCACAAGUCCAAACUGUACGGCUUCUCUGAAGUUUCCAAGAAGGAGCGUGUGUACACUCCACAGUUUAACGACAUAUCCAUGAAAUUGCCGCACUUCCCUCUACUCUCGCAAUACCACAACAUUGACCAGAACACAUUCUGCGAUCACCAGACACUCGCUAACUGCAACGCCACCUUCUGUCAAUGUACCAACAUCAUCAAUGUUCCGCUCGGCAACGUUGUCGAGAUCAUUCUCAUCGAUAAAGGAGUCACGUACAACGCCAACCACCCGUUCCAUCUUCACGGACACCCGUUCCGGGUAAUAGGAAUGGACAGGUUGGGUGAGACUGUUGACGUGGAAAAGGUGAAAGAGCUGGAUCAAGCCAAUAUGCUUGUACGGAACUUCACCCGACCUCCCAUCAAAGACACUGUCACGGUUCCCGAUGGAGGAUACACCAUACUGAGAGUUCACGCUUCUAACCCGGGUUACUGGCUGUUCCACUGCCAUAUAGAGUUUCAUGUGGAGGUUGGAAUGGCGCUGGUCUUAAAAGUCGGGGAACAUUCUGAUUUCGAACCAGUUCCAAAGAACUUCCCGAAAUGCGGAGACUAUUUCAGCGACAUCGACAAUCAACAUAAGCCCAGAGCAGAAAUUGACUUCCAUCAUGAAAACUCAAUUGAUUACAAUGUAACAUUGGGAGAGGUGGCUAAAGAAGAUUCAUUCAUUUCAUUCACUCAUUGGUGGUCAUCGUUCAAUGGAACGUUCGCCUCAAGUUCUGCAGGAACAAAUUCCUUCUCUUUGUUCUUAGUUACUCUGAUCACAGUUCUAAGAAUAGUCGUGCUUUAGAACUCAAGAAAAUCUGACUGUUGUAAAUAUUAUAUUUAUUUUUGUAAAUAUGUAAAAAACUGUUUUUACCAUAGCUUUAAGGAAAGUGAUAUAGUUUGUA